GUCAAUAGUUACAGCCAAGAAUCAAUCUCUUAAUUACAAAAGCGUGAUUCAGAACGUUACGCGUCCUCCCGAAUUUACUUUCCUUUUUUUUGAUGACGCCCAAUGGCUGUGGAAGUGAAACUUUCAAAAUCGAAUAAUGACACAGCUUGGGGCUUUCGUCUUGUCGGCGGUAUAGAUUUUGGUGAACCUGUUACAGUAGUAAAGAUAAACGAAGGAAGCAUAGCCGAAGAUGCUGCGCUGGAAGUAGGGGAUAUUGUGGAACAGAUAAAUGGUGUAUCCGUCGAUGGGCUCACCCAUAAAGAAGUCCACGAUUUAAUAUACGCAGCUGGAACUAAACUUUUAUUUGUUGUUAAAAGGGACUGUUAUGAAAAUAUCCCGAUGACUGCUGAAGAAUAUACAGCAAACAAAACGGAAAACAACCAGUCAAACAAUUUACGGAUAAAUGGAACAUCCAAUAAAGAGAACGUUGCACCAAAUCAGCAUAUAGCUGGUAAAGGGAGUGACAGACAGGAUCAAUUUGGAGACAAUCGAGAAAAGAAAUGGUCCACUUUUUUGCAAAAACCUAAAGGUCCCAAACCAGUGCCUAAAAAACAAGAGGAAGAAAGGAAAAUUAUUGGAGAGCCAUAUAGAGUGAGAAUAGUCAAACAGAAGAAGAGAGAUCCAAAUGAAAAAAAAGCAGUCCGGUUUGAAAACGUGCCAAAAGCAGAGGAUAAACUUGAAGAAGUUGGUGAAGAAUACUUGGAAAUUCAAGAAGAAAGCACGGAAUGUAACGGCAACAACAACGAAACUUCACAGGCGGAAAAUAAUGAUAACAUAGAAAAUAAUUCAGAACCAUUCAUUGAAGAAGAAAGUACUUCUGAUCCGGGCGAUUUGGAAUCUGAGGACGAAGAAAUUAGGGAAUUAAUUAAAGAAGAGGACACAAACCCUCAAAAGGGUGAACCCAAUGUUAAAUUGUUAAAACCUAUACUAAAGAACAAGCCGUUGGAGAUUCGUAUAGAUCCCGUAAUCGAAUCAACGCUUUCAUUGGAACAACAAUUGGCUGCUGUUCAGAAACAACUGCUAGCACUAUCACAGCUGCCAUCAGCCAUCCAAGUUACCCUGGAGGCAGUGACACAGCAGCUAAACAAUAUCGUCAUGUCAAAAUCCUCAAACCAAGAGACUGAGAAUGGGAUUUAUGAAGAGAACGGUGACGAACAUAGUUUGGAGCAGGGAAAUAAUUCGGAUUGUUCCGUCGAAGAAGAAGCUAUUGCUGAGAACGGUUCAUAUUCUGAAAACGCAGAAGGAGACGUCACUGAAAAUGAAGACGACAACAAUUGUAUUCUUGAUGCUGUGGAAGAAGAGGAAACAAACGUUCAGAAAUACAUUUCGAGCGAUAUCAUGGACGAAGGCGACGAGAAUGUCGAGGCAGUCGAAGACAAGCCUCCGGAAUUGACAGAAGAAGAAAAAGAGGAAAAGAGAAGGGAAGAAGAAAUUUUGGCCAAAAAACAAAAGGAAAUCGAAGCAAGGAAGAAGAUGGACUGGGCUGAACGACCCAUAAUAUUACCAGGAGGACGAAGAUGGUCAGGUCCCGACGAUACUACUCCCCACAAGUGCAAAAAUCCAAAGUUGUCUGACGAAAAGAUUUCUAAAAUGAUCGAAACUUAUUCCGAGGUGCUCGUGGGCAAAACUAAAGGGUCAGCCAGUGGAACAAGACGUGGCCCUGGAGAGAUCAUUCGAAGCCCAUUUAUAGAGAGUCUAAUUGCCAUCUGUUGCCCAGAUCUACAGCUAACAAUGGACAUCAACUUUCUGAAGUAUCAGCCGCCGCCGAAAAAUUUGUCGUAUCUGCAAAACUCGGAAGUCUACCGCCUUAUUCACGGAAUGGACCAGCCAAUGAGAGGGGUCGGUGUGAGAGCUGAGAAGAUACUUUCGGAAAAAGAUUAUUACGGGGACAACGGAGCGCCUUAAGGACCGAAGGCAUUACUGCUUAGAGUGAAAUAAAAAAUAUGGUUGAAAUUUCAAAUAAAGGAAAUAAUCAAUAAAUGUGUUUAUUCUCUUUGCAAAGUCCAUAUUGAUGUGCUAUGUA